AUGUCAGAUUCCAAAGAUUCUCUCUUGGGCAACGAAGACCCCAUUGACCCUCCCCCCGCAUACGACCCUCCCAAGCCUACACGGGGCGCUCUCCCACGCCCACCACCCCUCGGUCUCCCCGUCUUGAAUGCCCUUCGCAACAAGCGCGUCAUCCUCGCCUCUCAAUCGCCUCGCCGACGCCAGAUCAUCUCCUUCCUCGGCCUGCCCAACAUCGAGAUCAUCCCCUCUAACGCCGAGGAGAACCUUCCCAAAACCCUCACGCCCUUCGAAUACGUCCUCGGCACCGCGACCAAAAAGGCCCAAGCGGUCUACGAGCAGGAGAUCAGCAAUGAGACCGCCGGCGAACCAGCUCUUAUCUUGGCCGCUGACACAGUAGUCGUGAACAUUGAAGCGGGCACAAUUCUAGAGAAACCGCGCUCCGAGGCUCAUCACGUCAGUAUGCUGCGAGCGCUCAGAGACGCACGGGACCAUAAGGUGUUCACGGCGCUGGUCGCCAUGGCGCCUUUGGCGAGCGCGAGACAGCCCGGGUAUGCGAUGGAGUCGGUCGUCGAGGAAACGAAUGUGCGGUUUGAUGGCGAGGUGACGGAUGAGUUGAUCUUGGCUUAUGUGCGCACGCGCGAAGGGGCGGAUAAAGCGGGCGGGUAUGGUUUGCAAGGUCUGGGGUCGAUCUUGGUGGAGAAGAUUGAUGGGACGGCCGAUAAUGUGAUUGGCAUGCCGCUGAAAGCGACGUUGAAAUUGAUCGAGACGGUCAUGGCCAGGGCAGAUGAUGAGGAUCGAUUGCCGGAUGACCCGAUAUUUGAAGAAGACGAAGACGAGGACGCCUUUUGA